GGCGUGGACGGACUACAUCAUCAUUCGUCUCCAUGUUUCCAUAUCAGCAAGAUCGACAAAUUUCUGCGCGCUGGAAGCCACCAGUAUGACGGACUAGUUGUCGUUUCCCGCUCGCACCGCAAGGUGCUUGCACCUUUAACCAACGAAAAUGGAGUUCCCGGGCUGUUAUGCCUCGCUGCUCGCCCCUACUUUGGCAAGACGAACGAAGGUUGUCUACUGCCCGUACCAAGCGUCGUCGGUUUCCACAUCCCCGAGACAGACCAAAUCCAAACCAGCAAGCGCCGUGAGCCACAGACGACAUGGAAGUCGACUGGGACUUGGACUCGGUGCUGGAGCUCUGCUGCUCCAAGCUGAGCCCCGAAGUCGAGCUGCCAACGCUCGACGAUGAAGGGCAUCUUGACUGGCUGGACGAGAAGGUGGACUUGUCCGCGUGGGCGGACCUGGACUUCCCGGAUGACCUGCCUCCGGCAGCGAUGACGGAAGCCGGCCACCCGCCCUUCGCCGACCGCCACCUGCCUCGCGUCUCCAGCGGACCUCCCAAGUCUGAGGACCCGUGGCAGUCCGCCGAGACGGCCUACUUUCCCUCGCCCGAAUACAUCUCCCCACCAGACUCCCCCGGCACGCCAGUGGCCAUCGUCCCCAACGUCGACAUCUUCCUCAACCUGAGUCCAGCGUCCUCCAUCGAGACCUCUGUCCGUUCGCCGGACGCCGAAUCUUUGGACGGCCUCCCGGGAGACGCGGACCCUUCCAACGACUUCCCGCCAGAAGAUGCAUCCAAACAUGCGGCCGCGGAGUACAACUCCCCGUCGCCGCCCUACUCUCCGACGCUCCAGAGUCCGGAGUGCUCUUGCCUGGCUUCGUCGCAAAAUGCCGACGAGAUGGAGUCGACCGGCGUCGCAGAGUCUUUUCCGGAAAUCAUUGAGGAAGUCGUCGCGGCGCCCUCGACCUCCAUGGACCUCCAGAUGGAGUGCCAGGAUGAUCCAACGGACCGCGAUUUUGUCCCCGAAGAGUCCGAGUCCGAAGAGGAGCGUCCGAAGGCACGGCGGCCCGGCCCCAAGCGGGGCCGCGCAAAGAAGUCGCAGCAGCAGCGGCGGAAGCGGAAGGCCGCGGACGCGGGAAGCCGUCGGGAGCGCAAGCGCCUGCAGAACAAAGACGCCGCCACGCGGUACCGUCGAAAGAAGAAGCAGGAGUGCGACGUGGUGGAGGAGGAGUUCCAGGAGUUGAGUCGGAUCAACGACAACCUCAAGGCGGAAGCGGCGCGCGUGGGGAACGAGGUCUCGUACCUCAAGGGCCUCAUGCGAGAGCUGUUCCGCGCCAAGGGCCUUCUCCCGUAGGCCCCCCGCCACGUCCGCACCCGCGAGGCCUUUCGCCCUUGAGUGAGGAUGGGACAUUGGUGCGGCGGUCGCCGGGUGUGCUGCUAUACUUAUUAUCUACCGUCUACAUUUAUCAUCUGUUAUCCCUCCUGGGUUAUUCUUGUGCGCUCUCAUUUACAUAAUGGAAUAAAAACGAAAGGUUACAACCGU